AUGGAUAUUUUUAGAGUUUUGACUAGAGGAGCUUCCGUAAAGAAAGAGUCAGGUCCAAAGGCGAAGGCAACAGACUACAGUAUCAUAAGUGAAAAGGAUGAAAAUUUAAAAGAAGAUAAUAAGGAAAGUCAGAUCGAAAAAGAGCUUGAUUUCUUUCGAAACAAAAGAAUCAUUAAAAAGGUGGAUGACGAUAAGGAAAUGAAGAUAAAGGAAGAAUCUUGGAACGAAAGCAAUGAAAGCGGCAAUGGUGAAGAUCUGAUAAAACCAGUGAUUACCAAUGCAACUGAGGCAUCCGCUCUAAGAAAGUCAUAUAAGGGUAAUGUAUCAGGUAUAGAUGUGCCACUUCCAAUAGGCUCGUUUGAAGAUUUAAUUUCUAGAUUUUCAUUUGAUAAACGUUUGCUAAAUAAUCUGGUUGAGAACGGAUUCACUGAGCCCACCCCAAUCCAAAGUGAAUGUAUUCCCGUGGCUCUAAAUAAUAGAGACGUUUUGGCAUGCGGUCCUACUGGCUCUGGUAAGACGUUAGCGUUUCUGAUUCCGCUGGUCCAACAGAUUAUCAAUGACAAGCAAACUACAGGUUUGAAAGGCCUAAUCAUCUCACCUACCAAAGAAUUGGCGAAUCAAAUCUUCAUUGAAUGCUUUAAAUUAUCUCAUAAGAUAUUCUUGGAAAAAAAAAGACCUUUGCAAGUUGCGUUGUUAUCUAAAUCUUUAGGAGCCAAACUAAAAAACAAGGUAGUUGGCGAUAAGAAAUAUGAUAUCAUUAUUUCUACCCCCUUAAGACUAAUUGACGUUGUGAAAAACGAAGCACUUGAUCUUUCCAAAGUUAAACAUUUAAUCUUUGACGAAGCUGAUAAACUAUUCGACAAGACGUUCGUUGAACAAAGUGACGACAUUUUGAGUGCUUGUAAAGAGCCAGCGUUGCGUAAAGCGAUGUUUUCUGCAACAAUUCCGUCAAAUGUGGAAGAAAUUGCACAAAGUAUAAUGAUGGAUCCUAUUAGAAUCAUUAUUGGUCACAAAGAGGCGGCAAAUACGAACAUUGACCAAAAAUUGAUAUUUUGCGGUAAUGAAGAGGGUAAACUAAUUGCUAUCAGACAGCUGGUUCAAGAGGGAGAGUUUAAGCCACCAAUAAUAAUAUUUUUAGAGUCUAUUACAAGAGCUAAAGCUUUAUAUCAUGAAUUGAUGUACGACAGAAUUAACGUGGAUGUAAUUCAUGCAGAAAGAACGGCGUUACAAAGAGAUAGGAUUAUUGAACGAUUUAAGUCAGGUGAGUUAUGGUGUUUGAUCUGUACUGACGUUCUAGCUCGUGGUAUUGAUUUCAAAGGUGUCAAUUUAGUCAUUAAUUAUGAUGUUCCGGGAUCUUCUCAGGCCUAUGUCCACAGAAUCGGCAGAACAGGAAGAGGUGGGCGGUCAGGGAAAGCUAUCACAUUUUAUACUAAGCAAGAUUCAAUAGCUAUCAAGCCGAUAAUAAAUGUCAUGAAACAAAGUGGUUGUGAAGUAUCCGAAUGGAUGGAUAAGAUGGCAAAAAUGACCAAAAGGGAAAAAGAAAGUAUAAAAAAUGGUAAAGCACAUACAGAAAGAAAGCAGAUUACUACAGUGCCUAAGAUUGACAGAGUCAAGAGAAGACGUCAACAAGAAAUGAUCGCGGCAUCCAAAAGAAGAAAAAAUGAAGAACUUUAA